GCAUUUUGAACAUCAAUAAAAACACAGCUUCAGCCAAGGAAAUAUUAGAACAUUUAGAAAAUAUCUACUGUAAUACAAUCACUGCUGAGUUUUCCUACUUGACGGAAGAAAGUGAAAGAGAGUGGUUUGCCAAUAAAUAUGAAGAACUUGCAACAUAUACUCUAUCUACUGAUGAAAAGAAGGCAUUGGUGCUCAAUUUAUGCAAAUCACAGGAGUUAGAUCAUUUCUUGGCUGCCAAGUUUACCACAGUGAAGCGAUAUGGUGGGGAAGGAGCAGAGAGCAUGAUAGGAUUUCUUCAACAGUCAUUUACUGAAGCAGCACAUUCUGGUAUAGAACAUGUUUUAAUUUGCAUGGCACACAGAGGUCGUAAUAACUUACUGACAGGACUGUUGAAAUUUCCACCGGCUCUCAUGUUUAGGAAAAUGAAAGGACUUAGUGAGUUUCCUGACGGUGUCCAUGCGUCUGGCGAUGUUCUUUCUCAUCUAACUAACUCUGUUGAUUUGGAAUUCGGUGAUAAGUCUCUACAUGUCUCAAUGGUUCCAAAUCCAUCUCAUCUUGAGGCUGUCGUUCCUGUUACGGUAGGAAAAGCUAGAGCAAGGCAACAGUCUUUGAAAAUUGGUGAUUAUGCUGAGAAUAGUGACGAUAAUUCUGUGAAUAAAGUGUUAGCUUUACAAAUACACGGAGAUGCUGCAUUUGCUGGGCAGGGCGUCAUUGCCGAGACAUUCAAUAUGGCGUACUGCCCACAUUUCAGAAUUGGUGGUAGUCUCCAUCUGAUCAUCAACAAUCAACUUGGGUUUACCACGACUGGUGAAAGAGCGCGCUCAUCGCUUCAUUGCAGUGAUCUUUCUAAAAUGAUCAGUGUUCCAGUGAUACAUGUGAAUGGAGAUUUUCCAGAGGAAGUGGUGAAAGCCUGCAAAUUAGCCAUGGAAUACCAACGUACCUUUGGCAAAGAUGUUGUUGUGGAUCUUGUGUGUUAUCGAAAAUGGGGGCACAAUGAACUGGAUGAUCCAUCAUUCACGCAGCCGAUAAUGUAUGAUGUGAUUAAGAGUCGUGAUAACGUACCUGAUGUGUAUCUAAAUCGUCUAGUGAAUGAAGGAGUAUGUAAACGGGAAGAGAUAACUUCACUUGUCGCUGACUAUCACAAUGAACUUAACAGUCAACUGUCUAUUGUGGAUACGUAUGUUCCACAACCUACAAAUUUACAGAAACAUUGGAGUGGACUUGCUCCUGCACCUGAUCACAUUACAUCUUGGGAUACAGGAGUGGAAAAAGCUAUUUUAAAAUUUGUUGGGGCGAAGUCUGUAGAAAUACCUCCAGAAAUCGAAGUCCAUCCAAGGCUUGGUAGAGCUCAUAUAGAAAGCAGACUUAAUAAAAUCAAAGAAGGUUCUGGUAUAGACUGGGGAACAGCAGAAGCACUUGCCAUUGGAUCACUAAUGUACCAAGGUUAG